UGACAUCGCCGAUUCGCCUCUCAGUUGUUCAGAUAUCAUCUUGUUUGUGAGAUAAGACGUCAAGAUCAUUUAGCGGGGCUCUGGGUCGCGGUGGAGGAGCUGAAGUUACUGCGCGUCCGUGGCGACUCUUCGAGGAGCCCAAGGUCUAGGCCGUCAGGUUCAGCCGAAGCCGGCGAGCUUACCAUAUCUCACAGGACUCAUUAUAGAUGACGUAUUACGUCGUGGGCCGGGACUGGCCCGACAACUUCUACGCCACGAAUGCCAAAUGGCCCGCCCCCAAUCAAUGGUGGAGGAACCCCGACCGCCAUGCGAAUGAGUCCCUCACGGCGAAGUUCCGGGCAUCCCAGGUGGAAAUGAAGAAGGCACGAGAGAUUGAGGAGCGCGAGGCUGCGCGGAAGGAGUCCAGGAAACUGAAGAAGCAGUUGUUUCAGGCCAUCGUGCAGAGGGAUACGCUCACGGUACGGCAGCUACUGAAGCGCUGUCCGCUUCUUCUGGAGCGCCACACGCCUUUCGGCGCUACUCCGGUGGCGCUUGCGGCGGCAGUUGGAGACCCCUCCACCGUGGACCUGCUGCUGGCGGAGGGCGCUGACGUGGCGGAGGGCGACCGCGUGGGCGCCACGCCGCUCAUCGCCGCCGCCGGCCGCGGCCACACGGCCGUGUGCAGCCUGCUGCUGGGCUCGCGGCAGGGCGGCAACCGCGGCCGCGCCUACCUGCUGCGGCAGACCACGCGCGGCGGAGAGACGGCGGUGCACGCGGCGGCCAAACACGGGCACCUGGACACGCUGCAGGCGCUGUUGGCGGCAGGAGGCGACCCGGCAGCGGUGGACAAGGAGGGGCGCGAUUGCCUGAUGAUGGCGGCCGCAAACGACCAUCCCAACGUCAUGUCCGACCUGAUCCACACCUGCGGCGCGCACCCCGCCCGCGCCGACGCCCAGGGCCGCAACGCGCUGAUGCACGCCGCCGGCUGCGGCUCGCUGCAGGCGGUUCAGCUGCUGCUGGGGCUGGGGCCGCAGCUGACGCCGCCGCUGGAACUGGGGGCGGCGGACGUGCACGGCUAUGGCGCGCUGCACCACGCCUGCCUGGGCGGGUCCGUGGAGGUGGUGGAGGAGCUGACCAAGCACGGGCUGGCCAUCACACCUGACGACCCCAAUUCGUUGGCCCUGCUGCGGCUGGCGGCGCGGGCGGGACACGCCGGGGUGGUGCGGUGGAUGCUGGGGUCCGGCGUGGGUCUGCGCGAGGUUAUGGAGGACGGCAACCACAACCCGGUGUUCGCGGCGGUGCGCGGAGGCAGCGCAGAGGUGGUGGAUGCGCUGCUGGCGGCGGGCGCACGUGUCGACCCCCGAGAUAGCAAGGGCCGCACGCCGCUGGGCGUGGCUGCUGAGGCGGGCGACACGGCGCUGUGCCGGCACCUGGUGGCCGCCGGCGCCAGCCUGCUGGCCGCCGACACGCACGGCCGUGUGCCGCGGCGCCUGGCGUACCUGGCCAACCAGCGCGGCACUGCAGAGGCCCUGUCCGGCAUGGCACGGCUACGGCACCUGGUGGCCGACGACGACAUGAGUGAGGUGGCGGAUGGCGGCGGCCCCUGGCUGCCCGACACGCUGCCGCCCGACCAGCUGGUGCCGGACCACCGCCCACUGCGGCGGCAGGAGGCGCGCGACGCCAAGUUGGAGCCCCAGCAGCAGCGGAGGCAGCAGGGUGGAGGCAGCAGCACGGAAGGAGGCGGAAGCGUCAGCGGAAGCGCCGGAGCCGGCGCGGCAGGUGACGGCAGGGCCGUGGACAGUGUGGCCGGCGUGUCAGAGGAGGCCGGUGGGUAUGGGGCCGGGGCGGCGGCGCCGGCGACGCUCCGGCUGCGGGGUGCGGCAGCGAUGGAACCGGUGGUGGAGGAGCGCGACGAGGAGGCGCUCGUAGCGGCGAUGAGGGGGACAGACGCAGCAGGGUCGGCCUCACGGCCUGGGACGGCGCAGAGCUCCCUACGGCAUGACCCGGUGCCAUCCCGACCAGCCACGCCGCCCGGUCCAGGGCCCGCUAGCGCGGCGCCGCCGCCACCGUUGCCGGCAGCACCGCCGGCGGCGGCGGCUCUGACUGCCGCGCAGCUGCCACCUGCGCACGGCUUGGAGCGGUCUGUGUCAUUCUCAGAGCCGGUGGUCUCAGCACCCGCAGCUUCCCACGCAGCGCCCGCUCCGCCGCAAUCCGCGCGUGCGCCUCACACAUCUGUGGCGGCGGCGGGGACGGCGGGGGCCUCCGGCAGCCAGCGGAGCCUCUUGGACCACCACCAGGAGCAGGAACCAUCGGACAGUGCGCACGGCGGCGUUGGGGCUCUGGGUCAGAGCCAGGGCUCACAGCAAUGGGCUGGUGCCACGGGGGGCAGCAUGCAGCACGGGGGGCAGGAUAAUUGGGCGGGCUUCAGCCAGGGUGCCGGCAGCGCGCAUGGCCCAGGUGGCACGCCUGAGUGGGCGGCGGUGAUGGCGGCGGCUGGGCCGACAGCUGGCGAAGCCGGUCCCGGCGAGAGGGGUGGGGGCACCAUGGGCUCCGCCGGCCCUGGCGUUUUUGACAAGCCGGGUGCAGGUGCUGGCGGCUUUGGACCUGGCGACUCGGGUCGCUGGGGCGGGCAGGGUGUCGCCGGGUCCAUGGGCGCACCUGGGAGUUCCCAGCGGAUUGGGGCGCAGUGGGAUCCUGAGGACUCACUGGCGGCACUGGUGCCUCAGUUCCCCGCACCUGGGCCCGGGGGCGUGGUGGACGAGUGGGCGGGAGCGGACAGCACGCAGGAUGCCGCGGCGUGGGCUGCAGUCAUGUCGUCCGCGGCGUCAGGCGGUGGCGAGGACUCCUAGAUUUACACAGCGUAAACGCCAGCUGCAGGAUGGUGCUGAACUGCCGAUAGUGCGGUCAGGCCGACCGAUAAGGCUGGCGCAACCGCGAGUUGCAGGGUUAGGCAGGAUGCUGCAGUGCCCGUGGGAGUGCCCGCAUGCGUAGCUCAUUCAGCUUAGCCGGGGGGGGGGGGCUGUGUUGUUCUAUAGAGACUUUACAAUCGCGGUGUGGCAGAUUGACGAGGGAUAGCAAGCCUCGUGGGUCCUCUGGCGCUCCCUGCCGUACGGCGCCACUGCCGACUUCACGCAAUGUGACUUCACUAUGCAGUCCUCUGAGUCCUCCAAGGCACCAACUGUAAAGCUAACUGAUGAUGGGGCUCACGUAUACAGUAUAAGUGUAAAUCUACUCGAGC